UUUAGAUUUGACCCCAAGACCUGCUGGCACGGUGUGACCACGAGAAGGGGUAUGGGGAAGGUUGUGGAAUCUUCCUUGGGAAGGGAACAGAACCCCACCGUUGCUGGGCUUAACGCAGAGCCCCUGCACCUUUGCCUGGACGUAGUGACUACCAGGUGGCAGGCCAGCCUGGCCUGCUCUGGGGAAGACCCAGGCCCAGGGUUGGAUGGGGGAGCCGGAGGGGUUGGCCAGCCCUGCCCCCUCUUGCAGGGCAGCUUUGAUCCCAGGGCCUGGAGGGAGGAGGGGCUCCGGUUACAGCGUUUCCCCCUCCCCUCUCCGGCCAGAGCCGCCCUUCGCCCCUUGGUGACCCUCAUGGCCAGUGUCUCUGUGCUCCUGGGCGCUGGCCCCUCCCCAGCCUUCCUCUCCUCUCCCCGCCCCCUGCCCUGAGCUGACCAGAGGGGCCAGGAGGGGGAGGGGCUGGUGCCACAUGCACAGACUCAGCCCGGAACCCACCCAGCCUGAGACGAGCGUCUGCUGUGAGCUCCGACCUUGGGGGACAGAGGGGAGUCCAGGGGCAGAGGGCAGGGGCACCGAUCACAGAUCUGGGAGGGUGGAUGCCUGCAGGGAGUGGGGAUCGGCAGGGCCUGAGGAGGGGCUAGCGGCCACACCCCCCACCCCCUGGUCCCUCGGUCCCCAUGCCGGCCCUGAGGCCACUCCUGCUGCUGUUGCUCCUGGUUGGGCUGACUGCGGGGGCCAGCCUGCCGCCGGGGCCUGGGAGCCACCCGGGUGUGUGCCCCAACCAGCUCAGCCCCAACCUGUGGGUGGACGCCCAGAGCACCUGUGAGCGUGAGUGCGUCAGAGACCAGGACUGCACUGCCACUGAGAAGUGCUGCACCAACGUGUGUGGGCUGCAGAGCUGCGUGGCAGCCCGCUUCCCUGACAGCGGCCUGGCCACACCCAAGCUGGCGGCCUCAUGUGAUGGCUUCAUGUGCCCACAGCAGGGCUCCGACUGCGACAUCUGGGAUGGGCAGCCUGUGUGCCGCUGCCGUGACCGCUGUGAGAAGGAGCCCAGCUUCACCUGCGCCUCGGACGGCCUCACCUACUACAACCGCUGCUACAUGGACGCCGAGGCCUGCCUGCGUGGCCUCCGCCUGAACGUCGUGCCCUGCAAGCACGUCCUCAGCAGGCCACCCAGCAGCCUCGGGCCCCCCGAGACCACCGCCCGCCCGACACCAGGGGAUGCCCUGGUGCCCCCUGCCCUCUACAGCAGUCCCUCCCCACAGGCAGUGUAUGUAGGGGGCACAGCCAGCCUCCACUGCGACGUCAGUGGCCGCCCGCCACCCGCUGUGACCUGGGAGAAGCAGAGUGACCAGCGGGAGAACCUGAUCAUGCGGCCAGACCAGAUGUAUGGCAACGUGGUGGUCACGAGCAUCGGGCAGCUGGUGCUUUACAAUGCCAGGCUGGAGGACGCCGGCCUCUACACGUGCACCGCACGCAAUGCCGCUGGCCUGCUGCGGGCCGACUUCCCGCUCUCCGUGGUCCAGCGGGAGCCGGCCGAGGACGGGGCCCCAGUGGCCGUCGCCCCAGCCCAAUGCCUGCCCACCACGCAGGCCUGUGUCGGCACCCCCUCUGGCCAGGUCCUCUGGCACUUUGACCCGCAGCGGGGCGGCUGCAUGACCUUCCCAGUUGGCAGCUGUGCCGGGGGUGCCCAAGGCUUCGAGACCUACGAGGCGUGCCAGCAGGCCUGCGCCCAUGGCCCCAGGGAUGCCUGCGUGCUGCCGGCCGUGCAGGGCCCCUGCCAGGGCUGGGAGCCGCGCUGGGCUUACAGUCCGCUGCUACAGCAGUGCCACCCCUUUGAGUACAGCGGCUGCGAGGGCAACGGCAACAACUUCGAGAGCCGCGAGAGCUGCGAGGACGCCUGCCCCGUGCCGCGGACGCCGCCCUGCCGGGCCUGCCGUCUCCGGAGCAAGCUGGCGCUCAGCCUGUGCCGCAGCGACUUCGCCAUCGUGGGGCGGCUCACAGAGGUGCUGGAGGAGCCCGAGGCGGGCGGCGGCGGCAUCGCUCGCGUGGCCCUGGACAACGUGCUCAAGGAUGACAAGAUGGGCCUCAGGCUCUUGGGCACCAAGUACCUGGAGGUGACGCUGAGCGGUAUGGACCGGGCCUGCCCCUGCCCCAACGUGACGGCUGGCGACAGCCCGCUGGUCAUCAUGGGCGAGGUGCGAGACGGCGUGGCCAUGCUGGACGCGGGCAGCUACGUCCGCGCGGCCAGCGAGAAGCGCGUCAAGAAGAUCUCGGAGCUGCUAGAGAGGAAGGCCUGCGAGCUGCUCAACCGCUUCCAAGACUAGCCCGCCCACCCGGCCCGCCCCGCCCCGCCCCGCCCUCCCCGCCCUCCGCCUGAAUAAAAG